AUGAAGCAUUCCAUAUAUCUCGCCGCCUUCGCGUCGCUCGCCUACGGCAAGACUGCUGUCCAGCUCUGUGCUGGUACGGCUGAGCUAUCGGCGAUCACCUACUACAAUAUUAGCCAGCCCGGCGCCUACAACCGCACCACCUACGUCGAUCCCAGUACCGGCAUUUGUGGUCAUGAGACGGUUCGAUACCCAGCGAUUAGCUCACUUGCACCAUUGUUUGGCGAGGUGUCGGUGCAUCUCCGUGGUCCCAUGAACAUCUCUCAACUUGCUGUGUACCAAGUUCCUACCGAAGCUUACAAGAUGCGAAAGCGAAACACUGUACCAUUCUACAACCGCCGGCGAGCGCUAAAGCAGCGGGACAUCCACAUCGACAACGCAAACCAUGCACUACUUGACAAGCGCACAUGGGCAAACACCACUAACUGCAGCUCUGUGUCCACUGUCACCUCGACUGUUACUGCGACAGACUGUGGAAGAGGUGUUAGCAGCAUUUCUACAGCAUUGCCCAACAUCACUUAUGUUGGCCCUCCUUUACCGUGUGUACCUACGCCAGACGCUCCAUCAACGACUACCGACGUCUUGUAUACGCUGGCCACUAAUUUAUCGAGUUCCAAUUGUACAUGUCAAAGCCCACCAACAAUCACUCAAGAUCUUGAACGUCAUCCUAAGGCUGUACUGAGUCCUAUACCAGCGCAAUCCUCAACCCCCAUAUCCGACAAAGCGGAAGUUCGCAAAAGGGCUGCAGCCUGGGAUCGUGUCGCAUACUAUACGUCGACAGCACCAGCUCAAGCAACCGGCUUCUCGUUUCUGGCCAACUUAGGAGAUCCACAGAAGUCUGGUACUUUUGACUAUGCGUUCGGCAACUCCCUGAGCUUCGUAACUCCUGCUGGCAACAGAGUCGCCUCAGAAAGUGAGCCUUUCGAUGGCACCUUGGAUACCUCGGAGUACGAGAUCGCAGUCUUCUCUGAUAAAGAGUGUGAUCUGAAUUGCCCAUACUGGAGACCGAAUGCUACCUCACACUAUGCCUGGUCCGGCUCGUCGAAAGCCUUCUUCAUCGAGUUCCAAAUGGACCACUACCAAAACCGCGGCAGCGACUACGGCCUCAUAUCUGAUGCACCAGCAUGGUGGUUUCUCAACGCCGCCGUCCCACGCAUCCUCCAAUACGGCAAUGACCGCAACAACAUACCCUGCUCCUGCUGGUCCACCGGCUGUGGGGAGUUCGACGCCUUCGAAGUCUUAGGUAAUGGAGGAGAGAGGGGGAAGAGCACCCUGCAUCGACAAGGGAAUCUUGAAGGAGGUGACUCGAAUUACUUUAAAAGACCGGUGGGCGGGAUGUUGAAGUUUGCGGUGGUGUGGCAUUACCCACAUAUCACUGUGAGGGUGCUGGAUGAUGAUUACGACUUUCCAGAGUCGUUGACAGAGGAUCAGAUCGAGGCUCUUGUAGCAUAUGAUCCGGACAGCUGGGUGCACUCGUUGUUCUCUAUUGGCGAUUGACAGUGGACGCUCAUUUCAACCGGGGUAUUCUAGGGUCCCAUAUUUCGAAAGUAACUUCAGAAUAUACAUCCACUUGUUCGAUCAACUAUCCCAGCCUGCCAACGUCCCUUGCAAUGCGUCUCUGAUCCUUGCUAGUGUUAAAUGUGAUAGCUUUUUGGUGGUAAUAAGGAGCCUCAAAGAAUUUCAAGUCACUGCAGAAACAAACGUCGAUUCGUUAUCUCUUCGCACGGAACGCCCGAUCUGUAGAAAUACUCCGAAUCGCGA